GAGGUAUUUAUUUCUCUCUCCACAAUUUUCAGUCUUCAAUACUGGGCAAGAUCGACUUUUUGCGCGCUCUCUCUCUCUCUCUCGCUGCAACCUGCGACAAACACUGCAAAACGACGACGUUUCCGGAGGCCUGGGGAGCUUGAAGCUUUGGCGGUGUCUUUAAUCUUCUAUCAAUUCGUCUUCAACCUCAUGGAAGAGCAAUUCAUACUGAGGGUUCCACCAUCUGUUGCUGAGCGUAUUGAUCGCUUUCUUAGUGAGAAUGCUUCUUCUUCUGAGGACAAGUCUUUGGAUUUAUCUUUUUCAGAGGAUGGGAGGACUGGAAAUUUUGUUAUUGGUAAUGACAGUUUCCCGGCAUCUCUCUUGGAUCUUCCCUGUGUUGUGGAGUCAUUCAAAACUUAUGACGAUAGUGUGUUAAUCAAGUCGGCUGAUAUCGGUCAGAUGAUUAUGGUUAGAGAACCAGGUGAUGCUGCUCCAGAUGCAGUUGAGUACAGGCAUGGUCUCACCCCUCCUAUGAGGGAUGCACGAAAGAGGAGAUUCCGCAGGGAGCCAGAUCUAAAUCCUGAGCUUGUGCGGCGUGUUGAGGAAGAUCUUCUGAACAUUUCUGCUGGUGGAACAGCUGAGAAUAUUGAUGUUGAAGCAGCUGAGCAAGAGAAAGAUGGGGAUGCAAAUGCUGGUAAUGCAAGUAAAAGGCCUGCACCCACACCUGAAACAAAACCUAACGUGCCAGAGUCUGGUACAAAUGCCGGGGAGCCUGACAGAAGUGAUUCUGAUGAAUCUGAUGAUUCAGUUUGACACAGCUCCUCUUGUCGAUUAUGAUGAUUUAUGUAAUUGAAAGGAACUUUGUACCUGUUUCGGCCAUCUGAUAAUAUUACUCUGGUAAAAAUAUUUAAGCCUCAUACAUGUCUGUGUUUGAAUAAUUAUGUUACGAUAGGAAAUUGACACCGGUAAAGAAGCUUGAUUGAAUUUUCCUUUUGUGGAAUGAUGGAAUUUUUGAGUCCAAGAA